AUGACUUCUCUUCAAAACUUCAUCAACCGGCGCGCUACUACUCGCAAUACAGCGACACGUUCUGAGUCGCCUGUCAAACAACAUCCAUCGACUUUCUCCAAUGGGGGAAGCUCACACAUUCCUCUAGCUUCCACGCGUGUGCCUUCGAGAAAUUCUAGAGGUGCACCGGCAGUAGAGUUACAGGACGAUUCUGACGAUUUCAAGGACUCCGAGAUCCUUUCUUUGGUGAAUCAGGAUGGUGGUGGUGGUGGUGGUGGUGGUGGUGGUGGAUAUGACGACGACGACUCUGACGAUGAAAGUGAACGGGACGAUAAUGGCGAGUUUCUACACGACUUUAACAGGGAAGAAGUUGGUGGACGGUAUCUGGUGAAUAAGCACCAUACUACUGCUCCUAUAAAUGCGCCAUUGCAAAGGAAUGGUGGUGCUACUGGAGGAGGCGGGGGAGGCGAUGUAUACCGCUGGCAGAAGAGCGCUGCACCGGCAAACGACGAUCUAUCAUCAGACGAAGAAUCAGAUGGUCGAGUCACGCCGAGGAUCCGGAUUGCGGACGAGCCGCCAGUGUCGAUAGCCGCAGCUAGUGAACGGGCAUACACGCCACCGAAUAGGGAAGACCCGGACCCAGCCAAUGAUCAGUUUCAGCAGGAGCAUUUUUACACAUCAAUCGAGUUUGAGCCCCCGGCUGAAGAUGCGCCCCUUCCGUCGACAUCAGAAGGGGUAGAAGACGGACGCAACGAUGUAAACGGGGUGAAAGGAGGUCAAUCUUGGGAGGAGAUUGAUCGAGAAUACGCACAGCAUCAUAAGGCAUCGGUGAUGCCUGUGCGUUUCAAUGUAUCUGGCCUGUUCGAUGUUCUUAAAGAAAUGGGCGUUCCAAUCCGCGGGACGGAAAGAUUGGCUCUUCAAGACACUCUCAGCCACUACAAACUAUUCUCGAUACACAAUCCGUCUCUACCGUACCAAAUCUUGAUACCAUGUACCCCAUCCAACCCUUCAGAACCGACCAAAAUGCUAUCCGAGAUCGCUACAAUAUCCUUCAUGCGUAGACAUUGUCCUUCAAUACCCACGCCUGAAGUCGCCUAUCACAACCUCGACCCUUCCAAUGCUUCAAGGGUCCCGUUUAUGGUUAUUAGAUCUCUAAGAGGUCGUAGUGUUGCAUCACUAGAAGGCGGGAUUCCCACGGCUUUGAAGGACCGAAAACGUUCCGCCGCGUUGCUAGAUGGCCUAGCGAGAGUACAAUGCCAAAUUAUGAGGUCGACUAAUGCCUCAAACUCACUAAAUGUUGAUCGAAUCGGAAAUAUCUACUUCAAAAUGGAAGCGAAGAAGCCAAAACAAACUUUCACUUUAGGUCCAUUUCUUGGAACGGACGAAGAUUCCAGCCAAGAUCCUGAAGCGUCGGCUCCAGUUACAGAGCUAGCUGAUCUGUGCCUUCAGGUUUUCCAAUCGGCGGAGACCAGUUCUUUAUCGUUAGCCACGGGAGGGAAUAACGCGAGAUACAAAGAGAUCCGAACUGUAAAGCGACGACUGGCUGGUUUGCUCGGUCUACUACCAUCGGUGCCAGAAGCGUACUCUCAGCUCACGCUAUUCCAUAAUUCCCUGAGCAUCGGAAAUAUUCUUAUAGAUCCUGCUACAAGCACUAUUACUUGUGUUCUUGGCUGGAGGGACGUCUAUACAAUCCCAUUUGCACUUACUCCCGUUUACCCAGUCGAACUAUACCCCACAAACUCGGAAUGGAGGUUAUGGAGCGGUUCAGAAGAUGCCGGUAGAUCCGGCGUGGACAGAUACUGGGGGUUGAGGAGUAUUUACGAAACAAGGAUGGCAAAGUACGAUGCUAGAUUUGCUGGAGAUGUCUGGGACGACGAAGAAGUUGGUGGGUGGCUGAGAGUGUGGGAAGUAGUUAAUUGUGGUGUUGAAGGAUGGGUGAGGCGUAGGGCAUGGAUCGAGGGAGAACUAGAAAGAUUGAGGAGACUCUAA